AUGAUAGAAAAUGCAACCAAAAAAUCUCUUCUAGCUACUACUCUUGAUUUCUGUCCUCCUCAUCUGGUAUUCGCGAAACCACCGGAUGAAGAUUGCGAAAGUCCAAGAGAUCCCUUGAAUCUGAAGAAAUCUCCUAUAGAAGAAUGGUUCACCAAGGAAAUGUUUGAGGAUUUAUUCCCAAAAGCAAACCUCGGAUUGGGACCUCACGAAUGCCUCCCAUACUCAUACAAAUCGUUUAUUCUCGCCGCACGAUAUUUUCCUGAGUUUGGAGGAGAGACUUUGAACAAGGAGUACGAAGCUUGGGAGCAUCAACGUCGCGACGUCGCUGCCUUCUUUGCUCACGCUCUUCAGGAAACGGGCGAGAAUGACCUCUCACUGUACAACUCAAGUUUGUCGCUCGAGGAAGCGGGCGAGUGUUUCUACCGUGGCGGCUUUUACAAUUGGUUCGAAGGUGGACCAAACAGCUCAUUCCUGCUACCUGCUUUCCCUGGUUUCCAAGUUGUGGAUGGGAAAAGGUAA